AUGGCGCCGCCGCCAGGACAGGAAAUCGGCAAUCUGGGGAGUUUGGCAGGACCGUCCUCAUCUUAUUUUGUGCCAAAUUACGACCCGUCUCUGCAGCACUCACCGUCGGAUCUGUCUGGGAAUCCUUACAUUGAGCAAACAGGUGACGCAACAGUAGCCGCAGACACGGAAAAUGGUGAUCCCAACUCUAGUCCCGACCCAGCAUCGCCAGGACAGGAGCUGGCGGCAGCACUGCACCCACAGCACUCGCCCUUCGUCUACCAGAUGGCCGAGACAAACCCAUAUACAGCUCAAGUUGCAGAAGCAUCCAACGUGCAGCGACAGACACCCGUAAAGCCGAUGGGGCCGCCGUCUCAAACCUCCUCACGCAAAUCACGACAGGGAGCGUCGAAGAAGAAUGGAUCACAGUCUGAGAAACGUGCACUGCCGCCCCUCCAGCCGGCUCCGCACCGUGGGUCUCAGCAUGUUGACCCGGCGCCGAGCUUGCCUUCAGUGAAUCUGGCGCCGAGUUCUCUCCACCCACAGCUGCCGCAGGGUGCACACGGGGCGGCAUAUUCACCAAAUGUCCCGCAACAAGCGCACAGAGGUCAAGGGGGCUACUACGGACAGCACGGACACUACGGCCAUUAUGGACACACCGCCGGACCACCCAUGUCCGGGUCGGCCGGGGGGGCGCACAUAGCAAACACUCGUUACACAGAGUCCGGCCAUAGCCAGGCUUCGGAGUACUACGACAGAGUGCCGUGGGUGGCGGGGGCCGUGCGACAGGGACCUGCAGGAGUAUCGCUGCCGCCGAUGGAGACGCAGCCGUAUGAUGCCAUGCCGUCGACGAGGUCGCAGGCGAACGGUGCUGGUUAUUACAACCCCCAACAUGGAUACGGGGGUCCGCACCGCGAAGAUUACCGUUCUCACCAAUAA